AAAGCCUUGAGCACCAAUGAUCUUGAUUUUUCCUUUUUUCCUAUAGUUUUCUGUUAAGGCGUUAAGAUAAUGCAUUUUCUGUUAAGGCGUUAAGAUAAUGCAUUUUCUGUUAAGGCGUUAAUAUCAUGGAAUGAAUAUGAAUUUAGGUGGUAAUAAAGUGGUUUUCUUUGAAUUAAUAUGUUCAGGAUAUCGUUUCGAUCGUGCAUUUGAGUUUCACAGUCCAAGUGAAACUGUAAAGAGAUUUGGUAGUUUCUGAGAAACUAAACAUUAUUCACUCACAGAAUGUCUAAAGCUGGUGCUUUGGAUCUUGCCUCUGGCCUUGGAGGGAAGAUAGAGAAAGAGGAAGUUCAAUCUGCUGUGCAAGAGUAUGAGAAAUAUCAUGGUUAUUUUGGAGGGAAGGAAGAAUCGAGGAAAGCCAACUACGCUGACAUGGUAAACAAAUAUUAUGAUCUUUCGACCAGCUUUUAUGAGUAUGGCUGGGGUGAGUCUUUCCAUUUUGCUCCCAGAUGGAAAGGAGAAUCUCUUCAGGACAGCAUCAAACGACAUGAACAUUUCCUCGCUCUCCAGCUUGGCUUAAAACCUGGAAUGAAGGUACUGGAUGUGGGGUGUGGUAUUGGGGGGCCAUUACGUGAAAUUGCCAGAUUUAGCUUAACCUCCAUUACCGGCUUGAACAACAAUGAAUAUCAGAUAUCCAGGGGAACUGUACUAAACCGUAUAGCUGGAGUGGACAAGACAUGCGACUUUGUGAAGGCUGACUUCAUGAAAAUGGGAUUUCCUGAUAAUGCCUUUGAUGCUGUCUAUGCAAUUGAGGCCACCUGCCAUGCACCAAAUGCUGUUGGAUGCUAUAAAGAGAUCUACAGAGUAUUGAAGCCAGGUCAAUGUUUUGCUGCAUAUGAAUGGUGUAUGACUGAUUCUUUCGACCCUAACAAUCAAGACCACCAAAAAAUCAAGGCAGAAAUCGAGCUUGGUAAUGGCCUUCCCGAUGUAAGGUCUACUGGGCAGUGCCUUGAUGCUUUGCAAAAAGCUGGAUUUGAGGUGUUGUGGGAGAAGGAUCUUGCAACUAUUUCACCUGUAACUUGGUACCUUCCCCUGGACGCCAGCCACUUCUCUUUUAGCAGCUUCCGUCUAACAACUCUGGGUCGGUUUGUGACAAGAAACAUGGUCAAGUUUUUAGAGUACAUCGGCGUUGCUCCCAAAGGAAGCGAGAGGGUAUCUUCUUUCCUCGAGAAAGCAGCAGAAGGUCUUGUUCAUGGCGGAAAGAAGGAGAUCUUCACACCAUUGUACUUCUUCUUGGUCCGAAAGCCUCAUGCCCAAGAAGUAUCUUGAGCGAUAAACUCGUUCGAAUGAAUGAAUGGGCAGACAUGGAUCCCUUUUUUGUUCUUCAUGGGUGCGUUUAUUGGGAAAUGUUAGUGGAUUCUGGUUUGACAUGGAACUGUCAUGGGCAUGUUUCGCUUUUAAAUGAAAUUGAUUCCACAUUUUCUAAAAAAAGAAAGAAAGAAGGGAUGGUAUGUUAUGAGAUCAUUUAAUUUUCGUACAAAAAGGCUACAACUUUUUUUAGCUGAUGGAUGUGAAAUUUAGCAUAUUAAAAUGUAUCACAGCUUACGA